UCCCACGCCAGUGCGGAGUGUUGUCAAGCGGUGGUUAUGGAGAUGGAGGAGAGAAGAUAGCGGUGUCCCGGUGUCUACUCCCCGCAGCGGACACUGGCAGUGUAUGACAGAGUGCCCUGGCUUGGGUGUCCCUUUAAUAGUCCCGGGAGGAGUCCCUGCGCCCUGGGGAGGAGGUGACCGGACAGCCUGGUCCAUGCAUCUGGUGUCUGGUGGCACAGUCUGGCACCCAGAUCUUCAGCAUGCCGCGCAAGAUUGGAUUUAUCGUGAUCAGCUCCUCUGGUCAUGAGGAUGGGUUUAGUGCCAAAGAGUUAAUGGUCCACGCACCAACAGUCAAUGGAUGGCGAUCCCCAAGGUUUUGCCAGUAUCCUCAAGAAAUUGUUCUACAAAUGGUGGAGAGGACCAGAAUACGGAAAUUACAGCUUCUGGCACAUCAGUACAUGAUAUCAUCCAAAAUAGAGUUCUACGUAUCAGAAAGUCUUCCCGAAUACUUUACUCCUUACCAGUCUGAACGGUUUCGUAGAUUGGGCUAUGUGGCCUUGUCGGAGAAUGAAAAGACUGGAUACAAAGCCCGAGAGCUGAAGUCUGUCUAUGUGGAUGCAGUGGGACAGUAUCUGAAACUGAUCUUCCACAAGAAUUACCCAAAUCGAUAUAACUUGUAUAACCAGGUUGCCCUAAUUGCAAUAAAUAUAAUUGGUGACCCGGUGGACUUUGAUGAAGAUGACAUGCCAUCCCAGGAUAAACUUAUUGACCAGUACCUGGGGAAUAGCUCAGAAGACACGGCUAUUGAUUCAUCUUAUGCUGGGAAGAAUGACUCUAUCUCUCUUCUGGACGACUUGGCCUUUGAUAUGUACCAAGAUCCAGAAGUGGCACAAAUAAUCCGCAAGUUGGAUGAGAAAAAGCACGAGGCUGUGCGCCAUGAACACUACGACUACGCCAAGAAACUCAAACAGGCCAUCGCUGAUCUGCAGAAGGUUGGAGAAAGACUUGGCCGGUACGAGGUGGAGAAGCGCUAUGCGGUAGAGAAGGAGGACUAUGACUUGGCCAAACAGAAGAAACAACAGAUGGAGGAGUAUCGGCAAAAUGUUUACCAACAAUUAGAGCUCCAUGACCUCUUGGAUAUUACCCUGAUACGAAGAGCUCCGGAACCGUCUCUGGACCCACUGGAGCAGCCGACCAGCCUGCAGCAGCAGCACAAAGCGGCAGCUUCUCCACAGCCUGAUAGGGACAGGAGUUUGGAAAAGAAGAAAAAGGAGCGACAAGUGGUGCCAGAAAAACUACCAAAAGUGUCUUCUCCUAAACCAAUCACCCAGUUGCGUUCUCCUUCCCCUCCUCCUGCUCCAGCCCCAGCAGAAACUGCCCCAAAUAUAAAUGUUGAUGCUUUACCCUAUGACGAGCGACCACUUCCCGCUCAGCGGAAGAAUAAAGAUGACGCCUUCCCUUAUCUGGAGCCAGAGAUGAAUGAAGAUUUUGCUGGUGAUACCCCCAGAAGCAGGAUCACCGGUGAGCCAGAACCACUGACGGAAAAAGCAUUGAGGGAGGCCGGAUUUGCCAUUGAAGUGUUUGGUGAAGCUUUGGUUGCUGGAGCUUAUUCCAAGACAUGGUCUUAUAGAGAAGAUGCAUUACUGGCAGUGUACAAGAAACUGUCUGACAUGCCCGGUACAACUUCCAAGGAUGACUUAAAGAGUAUCCUGAGGGCAGCCAUAUUCCUUGUCCAAAGAGCUAUCAAGGACAAAGUGACGUCAGUCUUCCAAGCCUCGUUGAGACUCCUAAAAAUGAUCAUCACUAAUUAUAUUCCAAAGCAUAAGCUAGGCAAAGGGGAGACGGUACAGUGUGUGGAGAAAACCCUGCCCGACCUGCUCUCCAGGACUGGGGACACUGCCAACCGGCACAGGGUGAUCGCAGCCAACUUCAUUCAGGAGAUGGCGCUCUUGAGGGAAGUUAAACCCCUGCAGAUCAUUCCAGUCCACUUGGUUCAGCCACUGAAGGGGACAUUGCCAUUGAGGCUGGCUCUAAGCCAGGUGGAGCUUGUAGAGAACCUGAUAAAGGAGCUGGGUGUGGACAAUUCUGGAUUUACAGUUGACAACGUCAUGAAGUUUGCAUUAGGUGUGCUGGAUUACCCAACCGCGGAAGUGCGGGAUAAAGCAGUACGGAUUAUACUCUACUUGUACCAGCUGGAUCAGGCUCAGGUUCUAGAGCAUAUGCCGUCAGAUGAUUCCAGCACGCGCAAGAACAUUCUCUACAAAACACUCUUUGAUGGGUUUUCCAAAAUUGAUGGCAGGCCCACCGAAUCUGAGCUUAAGGCACAGAAAAAGGUAGCUACAGAGGAGGCAGAAAAGAGGAAGAAAGAGGAGAUUCGAGCUCUUCAGGAACAGCUGGCAGCUCUAAAGGAGAUUCAGUCUGAGGUUCAGACUGCCAAGGGAAAAGAACAAUUACACAAAUCAAAAGCAGAUGAUCGUGUCAAGAAAAUGCCUUUGUCUCCUAACGCAGAGGCAGACGACCAUUCUACAGUUACUAAUUACUUAGAUAAUUUGUGUAUCUUCUGUGGGGAAAGAGAUGAGUCUUUUACCGAGGAAGGCCUGGAUCUCCACUACUGGAAGCACUGUCCUAUGCUGAGACGCUGUGAGCACUGCAAGCAGGUUGUAGAAAUUGCCAGUCUGACAGAUCAUCUUUUGACCGAGUGCGAUCACAAGGACUCAUUUGGAAAAUGCCAACGCUGUACUGAAGCUAUAUCGAAAGAUCACCUCCUGGAGCACGUCAAAUCCAAGACUUGUAACCACCCCCUAAUAGCUGCCAAAGGAGAAAAAGUUGCAAACCGAUGUCCGCUGUGCCAUGAGAACUUCACACCUGGAGAAGAGGCCUGGAAAUCCCAUCUCAUGGGAAAGGAUGGGUGCAAAAUGAAUCCUCGCAGAACAAUGGCUCUCCAAAGAACACAGCAAGGAACACAAGCAGCACUUAAAGGCGGGGGAUCAACAGUCACGAAGACUGGGACCACGGGAGCAAAGCCACGUCCACCUAUUGCUGGCAGUAAAAUCCCAGGCCCUAGGGCAGGAUUAAAUAAGACUACAAGCAAACCUCAACCAAAGCGGUGACUGACGACAGCGACUAAUGCUUCCAUUACACAGAUGCUGGCGUGACUGGCCCAGAGUACCAGAAACUAUCUGGUCUCUACAGCCAGUAACAGCCGCUAAUGCUUCUGUUACUAUUCACAUCUGAUGGUUGUGCAAUGAAAGUAAAUAUCUGAUUGGUUUCUACCAUUUUAUUGUACAGUGGAGCUUGAACGUUUGUGAACCCUUCAGAAUCACACAUACGUGGUAUUGGAUUAUUUUCCUCAAGAAAAAAAUGAGCACGUCUAAUUUUUUGGUUUCAUCUGUUUGAUUUGGUUCUCUUUAUCUACUUUUAGGACUUGUGUGAAAAUCUGAGGUAGUUUUAGUCCAAAUUUCAGCAGGAAUAUGGAAAAUGUUGAAUGGUUCACAAACUUUCAAGCACCGCUGUAGAUUUGCACUUUUGAGCAGAGUUUGAAGACAAUUAUUAUCUCACAUGUAGAGUUCAACGCAAGUCAGACGUAAUGCUCCCACAUUGUGUGCACGAAACUAAUGUUGUAUAUUUGCCCAUAUGCCAAGUUGUACACAAUUUUGUGGACAGACCACCAGUAUACAUACGUCAUCAUCAGUGCGCACUUCCACCCGUCCUAGGGCCUGCUACAGAGGCUGCUGCGUACGCUCUGGUCUCUGGCGGAGUUGAGGGAACGAUAAUAUGCAAAUUAUAGUUUCAGCCUUGUGUACUAGUGCACGCCUGAAUGCUCAAGCCCUGAGGCUCCUGCUUUCUGUGUCUCUGUGCGCUGUAACACUCCCGUGGGUUUUUGACACGCCACAAGAAAUGCUGAAAUGGGCGUCUUAGAAAGAAGCCGCUUCACUAACAUGCCUGCGACACUCCCAUCAAGCACCCAAGAGAUGGACUAAAGACAAUUUCCCAGGCACUUCCAUCACUUGCUGCUCCAUUUCUGAUACCGUCUAAUCUGAUCCCAGCAGCUCCUUUGUGCGUACACUCAUGCUAACACAUACGCCACAGGGGGUUGUGGGACACUGCAAGUUGACACCAAAAUGAUGGCUCCUCCACAGUGACAGGAGUUGGGUGCUGCUGUGUGAUAUUAUCCUGCAGCAACCGGCUACUGUCACUGAGAAGGAGCUGGCAGUGCAGGCACACAUUUCUGUAGGCAGCCUAGCUUCUUUGGGGAUGAUGGGCACGCCCCCGGAGUGCUGUAACAGGGAGGCCUCCUGCUAAGCCAUGCACCCUCUGUCAUCAGUGGAGACUCCUGUGAGGCCACGCCCCUUUAUCUAAGGCCACACUCCUUUUUUGGCUGUCGCUGACCCCCGUGCCGCCACUUUCAUACACCAUAGGGGUUUUCUGAAGUUUUUCAUGCAUGCACAGUAGCAAACCAUCGUUCAGCUGCAUGAGCAUCGGCAUUGUGAUCUGUUUGCAACUGACUCACAAUCAGGCCUCUAGGCUUGGUGCAAAAGAUCCAUCUGAAAACAGACAUAUUUGCCCUUACCGCCAUGUCUGCAUACCCCUCGGUUCCGUUGCCAAACACUCCAUGAAAAUUGCUGAUGUGAGAAUGUCCAGUUACUCCCCUCUCAACCGCAAAUGAAGGUAGAACUGUAUUGCGGAUGACUCAUAGUUGCAUGCACUUGUUGCGUUCAGGUGCAUGCAUAGAAUAAUAACUUGUAAGAUUCGCUCUGCAAACAGACUUCACCUAUAAUCCUAAAUCAUGAAUUUUUUUCCCCACGUUGUUUUGUAGUUAAUAUGUAAAACAUCAGCUUUCCAAAUGCUUCUCGUCUAGAUCGUAGCAGAAUUUGGCUCAACAGGAUAGAAAAUAGUAUUGAUCAGCACACAGGACCAGCACAUUCAUACAGUAUAAUAACUUGUGUCCACUCUCCAAAUAGUAUAUACCAGCAAUAUGCUCUGUGCAAAAUGGAAACAUACUGUAGUUAGGGUAAGUGAUAAGAUUGGUGCAUGAAGCUUGCACUCCAAUCCACUAGUUUACAUUUAAAUUGACAAGACCAUCCACGUUGUCUUUUAUUUAUAACAAACUAGGUACCACACGCUUGUUGUAAAUCCAAAUUGUAAUGCUUUAAACAUUUUAUCAAAUUAUUAUGGUACAUAAAGGGACUCGCAGCUUAAUCUCUUGAUACUCUGUGAUACAGUGGUAUCCCCCAGUCUUAAUCCUCGGGACCAUAGAUGUAAAUCUCCCUUUAUCCUUACGGUAUCCUUUACAAUGAGAAAUUAUGUUUUAAAACUUACAGCAAGAUUACAGACACAUGUAAUGUGGCAACUGUUGUGGAACUACAAGUCCCACCACAAACUGCUAGCAAAAGGACAGCCUCUUUACUAAUAAAUGAUCCCCAAACUGUUUUGACUCCUGCAUUUCAGGACACCUGACUUGUUUUAGGGAGCGUUCACAUAUGAAUAUAAGUAUGUGUGCCUAUGGUGGAAGGCGAAUCUUGCAUUUACAGUCCUGAGAGGUGCGAAUGGGUGCCCUUCAGUGCAGCAUAUAUGAUUAAACCAGUCCACAUGAUAGAUCACUCUGAUGUUGGAACCGCAUCAUGCAGAGACCCAGCCUGAGCUAAUUCUUGUAAUUUCACAUUUGCAGGUUAUUCUGUCUUUGCACGUCAAUGUUUUUCUCUAUUAAUAUAUAUGCGUUUUAUGAUGCAAUGUGUGUUCUAUGUAAGCAGAGUAUAAAUUCACCAUAAAGAUAUAUAUGUAUUUUUAUGAAGUUGCUAUAUUAAAUUAUUUUACUUUG